AUCGCGACUUUUAUUCAGGUUCUCCCUCCAACGGAACACUUCCACUUUUGCUCUAGUCUCUAACAAUGGAGCCCCAAGAACACCCCCACCACCACCCGGAAACCCUAACACCCUCUACCACCACCACAUCCACCACCGCUGCCGCCGUUCCCUGCGGCAAAUGCGGCUCCAUGGCCGCACCUCCGCCGCCGCUGUCGUGGCCGGACACCUCCCCACCCCCAAACUACCGCCCCAUCCGAGCCCCCGCCAUCAACCUCCCUCAAAACCAACAAGCCAUAAUCCUCACCCCCGUCCCUCAAGCCAAGUCCGUCCCCCCAAUCUCACCCCCUUUCCAUUUCCAAACCCCCUCCAAGAUCAUCCAAUCCCCCGACGACCUCCGCCGCUUCCACGACUCCGAUUCCGGCAAACACUUCCUCGGCUUCGUCGUCGCCCUCUCCGAAUCCAUCCGGUCUAAGAAAAUCUCCGACCCCUGCCACCACUCCCCCGUCACCACCGCCAUCGUCUCCAUUCUCGACACUCUCCUCCGUUGGAUCGACGAAAUCCCUCCCACUCAGCAAGCCGCCCGAUACGGCAACGUUUCGUACCGCGUCUGGCACGAGCGUUUGGUCGAGAAUAGCUACAACCUAAUGAUGCAAUUCCUCCCCCAACAUCUGGAAGCUUCCACCGUCGAGAUCGUCCCUUAUUUCACAGACAGCUUCGGAAACGCGAGCCGGAUCGACUACGGCACCGGCCACGAGACCAAUUUCGCGGCGUGGCUUUAUUGCCUGGCGAGAAUGGAGGUCAUUAAGGAAGAGGAUUACCCUGCCGUGGUGGCCAGAGUGUUCGUCAAGUACUUGGAGUUGAUGAGGAAGCUGCAGCUGGUGUAUUGCUUAGAGCCGGCGGGGUCUCACGGCGUUUGGGGCCUUGACGACUACCAUUUCCUGCCCUUCAUUUUCGGCUCUUCGCAGUUGAUUGAUCACAAGCAUAUGAAGCCCAAGUCCAUUCAUAAUGAUGAUAUACUGGAGAAUUUUUCAAAUGAGUAUAUGUAUCUUUCGGGGAUUGCUUUUGUGAAGAAGGUGAAGAAGGGUCCGUUUUCGGAGCACUCGCCUUUGUUGGAUGAUAUCAGUGGAGUGCCGAAUUGGAACAAAGUCAAUAAGGGGAUGCUGAAGAUGUAUAAGGUUGAGGUGUUGGAGAAGGUACCCAUCAUGCAGCAUUUCCUAUUUGGCUGGCUCAUCAACUGGGAGUAGAAUUUCACUUGAGGAGCAAGAUGUCAAUUUUCUGUCAGAUUAUUAGUCAGUUGAAGCAUAGAAAGCCUUGACUAAGCUUUCCGAAGUCAAGCAAGAUCCUAGCAAGGUCCAUCAUCACUACAGACUCCCAAAUCAGGCCUUCAGCUUUGGAAUAUUUUCUUACAAGGCCUUGGAUAAACCCUAGUGGUCUGCCAGUUGUAUUCUUUAUCAGGUGCACUAGCAUCGAGUGUGCCUGGAGUUGAAGGGAUGGGUUCCAAGUCUUAAAGAAGAGCUCAAAUUAUUUGCUUGUAGAAGAGUUUGCAUUCCUAAAUGCAAAUAUACUGGUAUCCUGUCCUCUCUUAUCAUGACUGAUUUAGUUAAUGGUUUGCUUUUUAAUAUACAUCAAAUUUUUCCGUCUUAUCAGUCAUCUUUCUGUAAUCCAAACCUAGUUGUUGGCUGUUCUGCAACUCUGUAAGAGAGUAUAUGCUGACUAUUGUGACCUUUAAAAAUAGGAUAACGGUCUAAAGAAAUAAUGUUGUUGCAUUUGAUUACCUAUGUCAAGAAGUAUGGUUUCUUUUAAAUAGAAUUCAGAAUCGAUUAGUUUUGAACAGACUAGAGAAGCUGAAUUUCUCUUAUUGCAUGUGUCAAUCAUGAUUUGACAGUUGAUAACUAUCAAAACAGUGUAAUUGACAGCUGACGUUUAAAUGUGGAAUUGUAUGUUUCAAGUGUUAAAUGUUAACUAUU